AUGGCUACUGACUGGCAACCCGAGUGCCUUGUGCCUCAGAACCAGCCGUCACUGGAUUCGGUGAGAGCUCAUUCUGAUCGGGCUCUCCAGAAUACCUCCGGGAAUGUCCAAUCUUAUGCAGACCACCUCGCCCAUGGUGAUGCUGCUGCCCGUGAAGAACAGCUGCAACAGCUUGGCUUCAAGUAUGCGCAAGCCCCUCAUCAUUCCCAGCCUAUCCCCGGGCACAACCUCCAACAUCACCAGCAUGUAGCACAUCGCAUUCAAGCCCGAAAGAUGCGCCGACUUCAUUCCGUUGGACCUCAUAGCUCUCAGUCCCGACGGGCGAGAAGCAGCUAUCUCAAGUCCCAAAAGUACUUGGAAUACCGGGCCCGACCUCGACGGGAUACAGGCAAAGAUGGUGAACCAGUCUGGUCUGAUGAGUUGGAAGAUGCUUUCCAGCAGGCCCUCGAAGCAAACCCUCCCAUGGGUCGCAGAAAGUGGUCCGAACGGGGAAAGUCGUACGGCCGCAACGAGCUCAUCGCUGAGUACAUCUUCAAGUUGACUGGCAAGAGAAGAACCCGCAAGCAAGUCUCUAGUCACCUACAGGUCCUGGAUUCUUUCCUCAAGGGAGAUCCCGAUUGGGAGCGACUUGUUCGAGAGACUUCACCCGAGCGGUCGUCUAGUGUGCACAGCUCAGCACCAGGGCCCAAAUGGCGAACAUCAAUGGAGCACCCUUCCUCAUCCAACCCUUACAGCAGCCACGCCCACUCUUCCUACCAUGACAACAUGCGAUCCAUGCAGCCCUAUGGUGGCGACCUCCCUCCGCCCAGCUAUACACUUGCAUCCAACAUGCAGGAAGCUGCUGCUAGCUCCAUCAGUGGCUUCAGCUUUGACAUGUGGGUGAGCGCCCCUCAUCAAGCCAACAAUGUCGACAAGGCACUGCACGCAUACACGCGUCUCCAGGGUGAUCCGCACCACCCCACUGCUUCUCCCAUGCCUCUCGAUAGUGUGCCUGAUUGGCGAGGUUCUUUCCCUCAACUCGCUUCUAUGGUUGACGAUAUCAGCAAUCCGAUUGAUUGCGAUAUAAUCUUAUUGGAAGUAAGCCUCGAGUUGAUGACCGACUUCCCUCCUGCAGGAUCACGUCUGGGUAUCCAACUUGACCUCGACUAUGGUCACCCUACUGCUGGUGACGUCCUGGGAGUCAGUCAGAUGGACAAUUGGACAUGCAGCACAUAUAUCAAUCAGGAUAGCCAGCAGAUUCUCGAAACAAACCAGGAACUUCCCAGGACUAACUCCACAAAAGUCAAGCCUCUCUUUGAAUCUUCUUGGUGGGCUAGGAUGUUCACGCAGUUGACCCAAGCCAAACGCGUGGCUGAGAACUCAGGCCAUCCCCAAGAGGUCCAGAAUGCGGAUGAUCACACCCGGCAGUUCUUCCGGUCCAUGUCUGCAGUACAGGAGCUUCGCGCCACCCCAGCCAGUUCCCGCCUUGCAAACCAGUAUCAAAGCCACGGCGAUGACAGCAAGCGCAUGGCCAUUCUGGCCUGGAAGUUCCGUCAAACUCGUCCCGGUCAAGUCGGCACCACCAGCUGGAGACGCCUCCUCACUGCGCCAGACCGCACUAGCACCAACAGCCCUCGCACUGCCACUAAUGUCGACCUUCCCCCACUUUCUCUGGACUCUAUCCUCCUCAAACAACCCUCUCACCAGAGCGUCUAUCAGCCUCAGCCCCAAGACCUCAUCCACCAGGGCCAGUCUCAGUCCCAGUGGCCUAUGUACACCUCCUCCCACGACAAUGUGGCUAAUCUAUUUAAUUCUAAUGGUCCCCUCGACUUCAUGAGCUCCAUCUCCAAGCCCGAAGAUGGUCUCAACGACAAAACCGCCGUUACCUCAGUUCUGGACUCAUACUCCACCAGUCUUGCACCUGAAACCGCCCCAUCCACCAGCCUCCAUACCUCCAGCGGCGCUCCCGUCAUGCUAAAUGUCCAUGACCUCUCAAUGGCACACCCCGGAAUGGGCUACAACCUUGGUCCUGACACAUCCCACUAUGUGCCUGCGCAGCAGCACCCCGUUAUGCAUGACAGCAACAGCGUUCUUAAUGGCUUCUUUGGCUCGAACGCCCCCUCUCUCGAAGACCUUGGCCAUGGCCAGGGCUCAUGGGGUACCCACUCUGCCUCUAUCCCUGGUGAUGUUGGCAGCAGUUACCACCACCUUCCUUUCCAGGAGCACCAUGGCUCUGUGCCUCGCGAGACGCAGCAGUCCCAUCACUUCGAUAUGACCUUACCGUCAGAUGAUCUGAUGGAUAAGAUUGUGGGACGCAUGUCCAACGGUCCUAAUAUGCAUGGGGCGGGCCCCGAUGCCAAUACAGGCUAUGGAGAUAAUACCUCUGUGGACGCGGUAUAA